GUCUCUCCCAAUCCGCCAUCGCUGUGAUGUGUGUGUAUGUGUGAUCUGUUGUGUUACGGAAUUUCUGCUGUGAUCGCACGCUUUUUAUCAUUAAAAUAACCUGUGUUAUCGGAUUAUCUAUCGCACCACUCCCCCGUGUGAUGUGAAUCGUUUGCCCUCGGGAUGAUGGACACUCUCCUGCAGGGACAGAGGGUGUGGGAGACCAACGGCAAUAUCAUGGUGGUCAGGCAGGCCGAUUCCAAAUCUUCCACACCCCUUACAUCGCGGACCACUGAACAGCAAGGAUGUGCUGUACAAGGCAUGACAGAUAGUGAUCAAUCCAGUCAGAAUAUAUCGUGCUAUGACUCCGACUGGAAUUCUAAUCAGUUCCUCGCCCCCACUAUCAAAUCUACGGACCAGAAGUCCCUGGAUGAUUCCUUCUUUGAAAAAUACGCCAAUGUCAAGGAUAAUGUCAACAAAGAUCUGUUCAGGAAAUGCGCCGCCGCCUCUCCAGCCAGUUCUCCGACGGGCGUCUAUGGUGCUUCCCUACAUCAGAAGGACAUCAGUUAUGACGAUCUUUCCAAAAACAUUGAUGCUAACCUGGCUGAGAUCGACAUGGAGACGUUUCGCUCGGAGGACAUCAAUUCCAUCCUCGCCCUGCCCGCUAUAUACUCAGGGGAUUUCCAGUCGGAAGGUCGCGGGGAACAGUGUGCCUCGGUUUCUGGAUCUUUACUGAAUGGUCUGGAGCUGGACACAUCAGCCAGAAGUAAUCGCCACUCUGAAGAUGAAAUUUCUAUAUGCAAGGACGAACCCCUUUUCUCACCUCUAAGAGAACCACCUGCUCAGGCUACAAUAUCAGUAGACAGUCUAGACAAUAGUUCCAGUUAUGAACAGGACUUAGUCCUAACAUGUAAAGCGAACAAAAACAAUUAUACCAUAGUUUUUGAAGGCAGCAGUACUCAAUUUUCGGACGAUUCCGAUUACCAAGAUGUAUGUCGUAGUAGCGAAGGCGAGAGUAGUUUAUCAGGUGCGGUUCAAAUCAACUACAGUUCUUCUAGUUUCAAAAAACAAAGCGCCAUGGUGCAGUCGGAUGUCGCUUUUACAACGUGGAGUAAGUUGUGGAAAAGCCAAAGAGUGAGCAGAAGACGGAGUUGCGAUGUCACUACCAAAAUAUCAAGCAAAAGUCAAAGCCUUCCGAACUUGAAUAACAAUUCGGUAUUGAUCACCGAUAAGCAGCUAAAUCAGUGGGCUAAGUGGUGUGGUAAUCACCGUUUUCCCCUAUACGAGAUCAUACAGAACUACCAGGCGACUGGAAUGCACGUACCUGGUAGCAAAGAAUGUCUGCAUUCCGUCUCGCUUCUGAAACUAUUCAUGAAGCAUAAAGUGGCCAGUAAUUCGUCGAUUGGCUCUAGUGGUCAAUCAGACUCGUCAACAUCUCUGAUACUGCAGCCUCUUAAUUUCCGUAAUGCUAGUCUUCAAAAUUCCCUAAACAUAUCGGAGAAAAUCAAACCACUUCAAAGGCAUACCGACGAUGCCGUAGAACAAACUCAGAAAGAGAAGAAUCGCGCUAAUGACAAUGAGACCCGAAUGUUUGUGGACAACAUCCAACUUCUGGAUUGGAACUCAGUUCAAAAUAUGACCGAGACCAACAAUAAUAAUAUCAAUUCCCUCUACAACACCACAGAGAGCAACGUGCCUAAUAAUAACAACAUUGAAGAAAUCAGGACGACUUCAGGUAAUGACGAUUGUGACAAUUCUCAGUACUUUGAAGAUAGUUUGAUGGACAAUCCAUCCCCACCCCUCAAGCAUUUUCAUGCAACUCCGAUCAAAGAGGAGGAAGAGACAGAUAUUUCCAGUGGGGAUGAAGUGAUGAGGGACAGCAAAAACCCCUUCGGAAGCGAUGAUAGCUCUUCAGGGGAGAUUACUGUCGUACAAAACAAUGCCCUUGGCCAGAAAAAUCAAGACACAGGGCUCAACCUGGAACGGAUUAAUAAUGUUUUUCCUUCGAGCAAAUCAAACGUCACUGGCAAAGGUUAUGCGGAGGACCCGAAGAAAAAUGAGAAUCAUUCUCAAAGCACUCAAACCAAAAUGUUUAAUAUUAAUGAUUGUUGUGGUCCAGAGGCCUUCAAACCUCUGCACACAUUCAGUUGCAGGACAAGCAGCAAUCAGACAGACUGUGAUACCAUCAACACUGUGCAGUAUACGACAUCGAGGGAUUCGAGCCCUGCUUCUAGUGGAUAUGUUAGCAGUAGGCAUAGUUCUGUGGAAAGGCUAAGGCACUCCUCUCAAGGUCAUGCUCCACCUGCUACCGUUGCUGCUGUUGCUGUUCAAAAGAGCAAUGUUGUGCUUACUACCACUUGCACAUGUGGUACUCAAAUUCCAGUGCAUGUGAAGGAUUCUUCGGCGCAAACCUCAAUUCUGUAUAAUUCCAACACAAGUUCUGGAUUUACACUAAAAGAAUCCACUACUGCCCUACCCGAGCCUGAUAAGGUGCCAUCUCCCCAACAAACUACUGUCAAAUCACCUCUGCAAAACAUGAGUUCGCAGACGAAACAGCGCCAGAAAGAGAAGAAGUCGAUUUAUGUUUGUUAUCCAAAUUAUUCUCUUCCUGACUUGAGUUUCUUGAAAUCUGUAAUUGAAGAAAACACGGAAUCUGUUUUCCUGACUCCCACAGAAUACAAACUGCCUCAGGAUAUUAUAAAUCAGAAACGACCCUCAAGGCCGAAAUCUUACGGCACAUAUGAAUCCAUCUUACAAAAGCACCUCCCCAAAAUAAAAGACUGGGAAUCGCUAAAUGUUUUGCUACCAGAUGAUUUGAAGAUUCUUAUCUCGAAAACUCACGGUAAAAGUGGUAAAGUUGACGGUGCCUCAGUUAAGGAUCCUAGAAAUCAUCAUCAAAACUUAUCCUCGUCCUAUUGUAAUGUAGAUGAUGCUACAAAAUUAAAGGCUAAUUUUAUUGAUCCAACCUAUAAAAGGCAUAUGCCGAGAAGUAUUUUAAGGAAAUCUAGCUCCGUCGAGCAGUGUGAAGAUAAACAGUGUAGAGUGCAUGUACCAAUUCGCUGUACCAGUGCCUCAUCAGUAAUUUGUAGCAAUGAUGGUGGUAAAUCUCCAGACAGGGAUACAGUGCAUUAUAAGCAAGUCUUCUGUGAUGGUUUCCGGCAAAAUAUCCAUUGCACUGAUUCCAAAUGUGCCAGUUUGCAGAAAGCUGAUAUGCCAAUGAAAAAGUUCCACCAGAUCCAUGAUUCUCAUUCCAGUUCGGAUUCUAAACAGUGUAGUCCUUGUGGAAGCUGCAAGACUUCGCCUCCUUUGUCGAUGCACGAUGGAAAACCAACAUAUUCAUUUGAGAAUUUCAAAGAUGACAAUUUGCUUCAAGAUCUUCCUGGAAAAAAUAUCCCGUUCUCGUUUAACAAUGAGAACCUGCUGCCUUCUUUCGAUCAAAAAAGUGAGGGACAAACUGUUGAAUCUCACAUGAAUUGUCUACAUAGCAAGAAAGCUGUUAAGUUCUGUGAACGGAGUCCCACAAAAAGUUCGAAACAGUUGGAUGCAUGCAAGACUGGACGAUGUUGUAGCUGUGAUACCCAAAAUAGAUCCUCAGAUGAGUUUCACGGUUCUCAAUGUUCUUGUGAUAUUUGCACUCUAGAGUCGGAGAGACCUCCCCAAGAAUUCCUGGUGUCCCCCACACAGAACAUUCUCAUGUACCCCGAGAUCUCAGACUCUUACACCUUACAGAACUUCUCUGGAGGUGGCAAGUUCUUCCAAGAGGCACUCAGGAGGAAGACAGGUUUAGUUGAAAACCUUCGUAAAGCCACCCAAAUUAUAUUUGAGCAUCACAAAAACUCAAAUAAAAAGGGGGUUGAUUUAUCAUACUCCAUGGGGCAGAAAAUCCUAACUUGGCUCUGCCCUGCUGUACAUACUAUUCUUUCCGACGGCCUACUUCCUUCUGUGCAAGGAUUCUUUGGACCUUUGCCAAAUUCCCCUUGGAAAGUUGCUGGGGCUUCAAUCAAACAAGGUGAAACAAGAAAAGAUGUUGAAGAAUUGCUUAAUCAAGUAACAUCUGAAAAAUUGCUUACUGAUAGCACAUAUCGAUUUAAUGCCUUUAUCCUAGGUUUGCUUAAUCUUGGCUGCUUUGAGUGGUGGCUAGGACACUUGUGUGCUUGCCAGAGCCUUAUCUGCCACCACUAUCACCCAACAGCACUCCUCAGUUUACUUGCACUUCCUGCAGCUGUUCAUCUGCGGCAUGAAUUGAAAGAACUGGUCAGCCCUCUGUCCAACCUACCUUUCAACCUAGAUAUUAUCUUUGAAACCAAAGUGACCAAUGGAGAAAACUGGAAGAAGUAUGAUGUUGGCAACUUCAGGCCAUCUGGGUUGGACUACCAUCCAGAUACCAAGCAUCCGAAGGACCACGAUGAUCUUAACUUGCAGUUUUCUCCAUGUAAACAGACCGCAGGAAAUAAAUUCAAUGACUUCAGUCAGAAGACUAAACAUAGUCAGGUUUUGUCUCCCUUUAGCAAUCUCAUGAAUAUCCGAAGUGACCCUGAGGAAUGUCAUGAGAACCAAGUGUGGCCUGGUGUCACCAUAAAUCCUUUUCCAAAUGCCAAGUUUGCUGAAGAAUUCAACAUUACUAGUCAUCCCAAAAAGGAGAAGAACAAUUGUGCCCGAGGUGGUGGGUUGAACUUUCUGCGGGACACCAUCCUUCCUAGAGAGGUUGAUCAGAACCAAAGGAGGAAUGAUGUGCCACAUUUCUCAUUAUGUUCCAGCACUGAUAGUGGAUGCAGCUCACAGAUUGACCAUCUGAAUCAUGCCAUGUCUCCAGCUGCUGCAACAAAUGAUGAAUCUCCCAAUGUAGACAUGAAGGAAGGACAGCAAUUUAAGAUGCUUCGGCAGAAAUGGGAGAAAAUCAGCCAUGGUAUUAACAAACAACCAGUUGCUAAGUCACCAUCUCCACCAAAGUUAGCUGCAGCUGCCAAACCCACCAUAUCGAGUAGUUCCAAAACAAAGAAGAAAGCUGAGGUUUCACCUCCAAGAUUGACUAAAGACAAUGCUGUUCCUAAAACUCCAACCAAAACACCUCCCAGCCGAAGGGCUCAGGGAAGGAUGAAUAUACAUGUUGGGGCAUCUAAUGAGGCUAAGUUAGCCCCUCCAGAUGUGUUGCCAACUGAGAUUAGUGAAAAGAAGAAAUCUCAAAUUCCAACACUGAAAUUUUCCAAGGGUCCACAACCUAAAUCAAUGAUACCUGUUCAAAAAACAAGUUCUAGAGCUAGAUCAGUUAACAGAGAUUUGCGGUUUCCUUCAGAUUAAGGAUCAAUAUAGGUAAUUUUAUGUAUGCAUGGUAAUUCAUUUGAUCUAGAAGCACUCUGUACUUCAGCUAUUUGAGGUGUGAAUGCUUAUGACAUUUGCAUCUAGUUUUAAAUGAAUAACAAAAAAAAAAAAAUUGGAUUCUUGCCUUACUCCUGACCACUGAACUGCUCUUGUUCCAGCUUUAUCCAAAUAAAUAAAUAAAAGUUCUCUGUCACCAGAGAGGUUAUCUGAAAUGAAUGUGACGUUCUUAAACAGUGAUAUGAAAAAUUCGAAUGGCACAUUUCGAAACACAGGAUGUGGCAUUUGUGUAAAUGUUUAUAUAAAAGGUGUUUUUAUUUAAUUGUACAUUGACUUAAAUUCUCUUUUAUUUUUCUUUUCUUGUUUACUUAAAAGAUGUAUAGUUUUUGUUGCAUUUAAAAUAUUUAAAGAAAAUUCAGUGCUUUUUGUUUUUGUUUUGGCUUCAUGAGUCAGUGACAUUUUACUGGAGAAUAUUGAACAUUCCUUUGUAAAUUGUGAGCAGACAAUUUUUAUUUAUGCCUUCUGUGUGUGCAUGUAUAGCUGAAUGUGCUGCAGUCACCAAACAUUGCACUGUAGAAGAACCUCGACUGUUCUAUUCAUCAUUGUCAAGUUGAUAAUGCUGUAUUAGACGGUAGGUUUUUGACCAUGUGCUCUCAUCUCUCCCUACUAUAAAAAAAAAAUAACCAUAGUAGCUUCUGUAUGACUCUGCGCAUGAAUAGAAUCUAAAUUAAUCAUAGCACUACCACACCCUGUUGCCUCUAAUGUCAAAUUUAUUGUUGCCUCACAAAUAUGUAGAAUUUGGUGAUGGGAAUUGGCAUCUUGAUUUGAGUAUUCAAGUACUGCAAGAAUCUGCUUGUUGCUGUUUGUAACUGAACAUUUCUGACCUGGUAUAUUACUAUAUUUAAUAUUAGAAUUUUCUAGCAUUAUCAUUCAUAUCAUUAGUAUUUUUAUUGUUGAUGUAUUUAUCUCAUUUCAUUUAGGCAUAAAUAAUAAAUUAUUAUUUUUAUAUAAGUAGUGGUUGUUAGACAUAGAAUUUAAAAAUAUUUCUCUGAUAUUGAGAUGAAAUUAUUUGAACCUUUACUUACUUAAUAUAUUUUGUCUGUUUUUUUUUUUUUUUUUUUUUUUUUUUUAUUUAUUUUUAUCUUAUUUCAAAUUAAAAUUAUUCAGUCGCAAGUCAUGUAUGUUAAAACAUUACAGAAGAAAGUCAUAGAACAGGGACAGGUUUUUUAUAUUUUUUUUUUAUUUGACCCAUUUAUGAAUUAAUAAUUCAGACUCCCUCUCCUGAAAAAUUUUUUUAAAUGUGAUUUAUUCAUUGAUACUUCCUGUGGAAUUUUAGAAUUAUUAAUGCUUUUUUGUUUGUUUUUAAUAAAUUAUAUUUAAUAUUGCAUUUUAUUAAAAAAAAAUAUGCAAAUUAGUUUUAUACCUUUGAUGAAAGAUAUGAUUAAGAUAGAAUUAAUGCUUAAAAGAGGAAAUAACUGCUGUAUUUGAAUGUCAGUAAGGCUAUUAUAAUUUAAAUAGCAAUAAAUGAUUUUAUAAUCUUCUAUUAUAUAUGUACUUUUUUAAAUUAUUAAUGAAUUAAAUAAUGAUUUUGAGGAUUAAAUGUUACCUCUGAAAAGCAUACUGCAUUCUAAAAUCGGCAUGAGCAAUUUCAUUGAAAAAUUUGCUAUAUAGAAAAAAGAGAUAAAAAAAUCCUUUCUAUUUUCUAGGGAGUUUUUUAAAUUUUGAAUUAAAUUUAUGUAGUAUAUAGAUGCUUCAUCUUGCUGUCUUUCAAGAGAGGCUCUAGUUUUAUUUAAACUAUUUCAUCUAAAAACAUCUCAUAAACUUUUAAUUCAUCUACGUGACUUAUUACCUUUAAUUUUGUACCUAACAAUUAAAUACCUUUCUUAAGUUUAUCUAGUAUGUAUUUAACUGGCUUGAAUUAGGAUUAAAAAAUUUUAUUCAUAUAUUUUAUAUUAUUUAUUCCAAUCCUGAGUAAAGGAAGUAUAUUCUGUAAUGAUUAAUCAAUAAAUUUUUAUAUUCACUUCAUUAUAUUCAGUAGAGAAAGUCAAUGUAUAUAAAGAACUUAAAUAAUGUGAUUCUGACUGUGUACUUCACUACUUGUAAAGUUUGUUGGCAAUGUUUUUAAACUCACUGCGAUACAGAAGUAGCCUUGUGGAGACAUGACAUUAUAUAGAAAUGUCAUGGAACACGGUGCAAUGAUGCUAUUCAUCAUAAAUGCUUAUAUUGUGAUAUAGGGGUUUAAUAGUAAAAGUAAAAUGAAAACAGAGUUUGUACAUUUUCAAGUGCUACUGGUAUCUCUAGGUUUAUCGUAAUGCUAACUGCUUGAUAUCUUAAAUGUAAUAUUAACUCAUUUGUGUGCCUAAAUAUCAAAGUUUAUCUUUAAAUACCUAUAAUAUGUAUCAGUAUAUUCGUAUAGACAUUGAGAUAGUCAUAUAUAUUGAUAUCUUUUUGAAAACUUUCUGAAAUGGAUGCCUAGAAAGAAAACUAAGUAUGUAUCUAGAUAUCGUGUACAGAUAUUGAUAUUACCAUAUGUGACUUGAUAGCAUUUUGUAUGAAUAUUAGCCUGGGAAUAUAUGAGACUUGUUAUGUGUAGUUAUUCACUUUUCACUGUCUUCAUAAAAUAGUUCGUUACAAAAUGUAAGGGUUUUCAGCUUUAUUAUUAUUUUUUUUAAUUUUCUCUUUUCUCUUAAAUUUAACCAUUGGAAUUUUUGUUAUACAAAAUUAGUUCCAUAAAUUUCAAAUCGAUGAUUAUUAAUUAUUUUAUUUGGUAUAUAUAUAUAUAUAUAUAAUAUAAAUUACAGAUUUCACACCAGCUAUAGCUGCUCUCGCUUUUACAAAAUUUAAAUAUUGUUCUUAUUUAGAAUUCAAUUAUUCUUUUUCUUAUUAUGGCCUUUUAAUUUAGUUUUA